UGAAGAUAAUGCCAGUGACUGUUGGGCUCCUGUGAAGAGUAGAUAAGUUGGAGGCUGGUGUAGAGGUGGAGGCUCUGCCCCUGGGGAGUGAGGUUGGGCAAGGGGAGAUGUUCUGUGGGUCCAGAUACCACUCACUGCUGGACAUUCCCUGCUGGCCAGUUUCUCACUGUUAGAAACGAUGCAGUAAAUCCUGUGGCCAGUUUUUCCUCCGUAUUUUGAAUAUUCAGAGGCUUUGGGGGUUCAGGGGCUUUGGAGGCAGCUCUAGAACCCCUCGGGGAGUCUCCUGCACCCACAGGCCCAUGGGGGAGGAGGAGGACCGUUUGCUUGGGGACAUGCCAGGGGCUGUUUCCCAGACGUGUUAUUUCCAGGCUGGCUGGCAGAGACUCCCCCACCCCCGCCUUGUGCUGAGUUGGGGGCGAGAGUCAUUGGGAGGAGCAGACAAGAGAAGAUCCAGGUCCUGCCCUGGGGCUCCCAGCUCGGCCUACGACGCGCGGCUGCGCCAGAAGGUGGCGGUGAAGAAGCUGUCGCGGCCUUUCCAGUCGCUGAUCCACGCGCGGAGGACUUACCGCGAGCUGCGGCUGCUCAAACACCUGAAGCACGAGAACGUCAUCGGGCUACUGGACGUCUUCACGCCGGCCACCUCCAUCGAGGACUUCAGCGAAGUGUACCUGGUGACCACCCUGAUGGGCGCCGACCUGAACAACAUUGUCAAGUGCCAGGCGCUGAGCGACGAGCAUGUCCAGUUCCUUGUCUACCAGCUGCUGCGCGGGCUGAAGUACAUCCACUCGGCAGGGAUCAUCCACCGGGACCUGAAGCCCAGCAACGUGGCGGUGAAUGAGGACUGCGAGCUUAGGAUCCUGGACUUUGGACUAGCGCGCCAGGCUGACGAGGAGAUGACUGGCUACGUGGCCACACGCUGGUACCGCGCACCUGAGAUCAUGCUCAACUGGAUGCACUACAACCAGACAGUGGACAUCUGGUCUGUGGGCUGCAUCAUGGCCGAGCUGCUCCAGGGAAAGGCCCUCUUCCCAGGAAACGACUACAUUGACCAGCUGAAGCGCAUCAUGGAGGUGGUGGGCACACCAAGCCCCGAGGUUCUGGCGAAGAUAUCCUCGGAACAUGCCCGGAUGUACAUCCAGUCCCUGCCCCCCAUGCCCCAGAAGGACCUCAGGAGCAUCUUCCGUGGAGCCAACCCCCUGGCCGUGGACCUCCUGGGAAGGAUGCUGGUGCUGGACAGUGACCAGAGGAUCAGUGCAGCUGAGGCCCUGGCCCAUGCCUACUUCAGCCAGUACCACGACCCGGAUGAUGAGCCCGAGGCCGAGCCCUAUGACGAAAGUGUUGAGGCCAAGGAGCGCACGGUGGAGGAGUGGAAGGAGCUCACCUACCAGGAAGUCCUGAGCUUCGAGCCCCCAGAGCCACCGCAGCCGCUGGGCAGCCAGGAGACUGGGCAGUGAGGGGAAUGCUGCCCAUCACCACACUCAAACUCAACGAGGGGCCUGAGCCUGCCUGCCCCCCUUCCUCAGCAUUUGGGGUCCCACAAGGGGCGCCACCUUGAUGGCCCGGCAACCCUGAUCCCUGGCCAGGGACGCCCCGUCUGCACACUGCUCCUUGUGGGGAGUCUGCACACACAUGUGAAUGCAUGCAAGUGUGCAUGCGUGCGAGCCACGGGUGUAGGAGUCUGGGCAGAGUGUCCUGGACUUCCACCGUCCUUCUACCCCCUCCCAGCACCCUGGGUCUCCUUUGGGACCUCACUGGGGGACUGGAUGCCGUAUGGGUUUCUCCUGGGGAGUGUGUCUGUCUCCAGAUCUCCUUAGUCCUGGAGGGCUGUCUCUGGGGGUGGUGCGUUGGCGUCAGGGCCCCCUGGAGACUCAAAGGGAGGGGUCGCAGCGGUCAGAGCUGCUCAGCCUGGAAGCGGGCACUACCCUGGGAAGUGCUGAGACCUGAUGGUCUGAGAGCUGAGCAGGGUCUUUCCUGGGGGGUGGCAGGGCGGGGACAGCUGCCAGGUGUCAAAUCAGAAAAUCCACCUGAGCUGCAUGUUCACCUGCGCUGUGUGUGGCACAGACGCACUUCAAGGCACAUGCAGGCGUAUGUGCACCUGUGGGUGCCCAAGGCCCAGCGGCCUGACUGGCAGGAGGCCUGAAUUGGGGUGGCUGUACUAUUGCCUCCCCUCCCCACUGUUCCUGAUGCCUGGGGGGUGGGGGUGGGGCUGAGAUCCCACUGUGCAUCAUGAGAGGGGCUCCGGUGGAGAAGGGGCAACCACGGGAGCAAGAGCCGGGGCUCUCUCCUUGGGUGUGGGAGCUGCACCAGGUUUCCAAGGCAUGGGGCACAGUGCGAGUUGGGGAGCUGACGGGCACGGGGCUUCCCACCUUGAGGAUGCUAAGAAGGAGGGCACACACCGAUGUGGACUUGGACUUGACCCUGGACUGUGGCCCUGACUGAUGAAGAUGCCUCUGCCUGCUCUACCUCUGCCCGCCCUCUGGCCCUGCAGCUGAGAGCUGGGGUGCUCUGGUCUGAGGGUCUGCCCUCAUCUUCCCUCCUUCCAGAAUGGAGCUGACCUACUAACCUCUGGGCCAGGACCCUGCUCCACACGUGUUGUGGGUGUGAGUCUCUGUCAGGUGGUGACCUAUCACCUGGCAAGACCAGGGAGGUCUGAAUGUCAAGUGCCUGCACCAGGGUUUCGCAAUAAAGGGGGUUCCCUCUGGCUCAGCUUGUGUCCCAGGCUCCAAGCCCUGCUGCCCCUCUUUCCCCACUGCCUGGAGUGGGUGGCUGGCUCUCCGAGCAUCACACCUCCAGCUGGCCUGGCCCCACCAGACUCCUGCACUAGCCAGAUCCCUUGGGCCCCCAGUGAGACAAGCAGCCAUCUUCGGCACGCUCCCUGCUCCCUGAGAACCCAGGC